AUAGAAGUGAGUUCUUCCCCGAAACGAUUGUCGUGCGACUGCGCACCUCUAUCUUCCGUUUUUGUUUGCUCCCAGACUGCCGUCAAUCGCACGACUGUGUAAUAAGUAAAAAUAAUAAUGUAAAACAUAAUAAAGAAAUUAAUAUGUGCUUUCGAGGAUAGAAUGUUCUUCAAUCGGUCUAAAAAAGUCGAUUUUCAGUGAUUAAGAGUUAUAAUACUUGAGAGUAUUUAUCGCGAUUUUGUUUUAUUAAGUAUUUUAUUGAAAACAGCGAUGUUAAGUUUCGAUGACGAACGAUUGGCUGUGUAAAGAACGACGGAUAGCGGUGAUGCGUCCUGUUGCCGCCAUCGUAACUAUUGUUGAUCUACUUGUACAUUUUUAAUUUUGAUCUGUUAAACGUUGUUAAACGAAUUUAAAUAUUUUUCGGGUUGUUGUUUUGUCUGUUAUUUGCCGCUAUUGCAAUUUUGUUGUGGAUAUAAUGUUGACAGUUGUUUUCGUGGAUAACAUACUGCGUAUUAUUAAUUAAUAAAUAUUGCCGUUAAAAUGAGAGAAUCUGCAAAAGAAAAAGAAAAUACUAUUGUUAGUUUUUCCCAGUGGCAAAAAUGGGUGUUGGAUGCAGUAAACAAGAUCCGUGGACAGAAGCAACGCCCAUCCUUGGAACGUAUCAUCAAUGCGAUACGUCAACAUCACCGUUUUCCUGUAGAUGACAUAGAAACACAAGUAGAACGAUGUGUUGAAAGUGGUGCAGUUUUAAAAGUAUUCAAUAAAGGCCAAAAUACUUAUAUGAACCCUAGGGGUACCACAAAUCGCAAACUGAUUAUUAACUCUGAUACAGAUUUAACUAAGAUAGUUGUCAAAGUUGUUGGUCAAUUAGAUGAAGAAGGAUCAUCUUAUAAAAAUAUUGAUCGAUAUAUACAUCAUGCAUAUGCCAUAGAACUAAAAAAUCAAGAUUUUGAUUUAGGGGCAUUACUGAAGACAACUUUGAAUAAAGCGGUGGAUAAGGGUUUAUUAGUAUUAGAUGGUAAACUAUAUAGAUUACCAGUUAGCCCUGAUUCUACAACUACGAUUGGAGCUCCUAUAUCUAAGUAUGGAUCAUUAAGGAAAAGCCGUUUAUCUAAAUUGGAUACUAGCGAAAUUGAAUCACCUGUAUCUCUUCGUAAAGCAGGAAGAAGAAAAAAGAAAACAUCUGUUUGUGAUACUAGCUCACUUACAGAUCAUGAAACAAGUGACAAAGAUACUUUAAAAGCUUCUGGUCAAAUGGUUUGUGCAGACUGUUUAGGAACAUCUUUGAGAAAUCAAUGUGGUGAAGCUGAAGAACUUAAGCAAUGUCGUGGAGGAUGUGGUGUUUCAUUACAUCCUUCGUGUUUGGCUCUUAAAGGUACAGGACCUUUAACUGCAUUGCUUGCUCGAGGUUCUCGGUGGUUUUGUCAAGACUGUAGAGCAUGUUCAGCCAUACCUAAGUGUUCAGUUACUGAACAGAUAUUUUUAUUAAACUGUGAUACAUGUGAUAGAGGUUAUCAUAUGCAAUGUUUGCAACCCUCAGCUGAUGAUAAGCCAAAAUCUGCUUGGAGAUGUUCUUUUUGCCUUGAUCAUCAUGAUAUAACUAAAAUUUCAAUUGAAGAACCUGUCUCAGUAAAAAGAGGAAGAAAAAGAUCUAGUCUAAAAAUACAAAGAUCAAGUAGAGGACAGAAUCAUUAUCAAAAGAUGCAAGAUCGUCGUCAUGGAAUAUCAUCUGCUUCAAGUUCAAUGCAUCAACGAGAUGUCACGGAAGACGGUAAUGUCUCCUCUCCUGACUCCUCGGCUCCCCCCUCUCCCGUUCCGAGUAGUGGCAGUAUGCGGCGGGACACUGCUAUCUCUAAAGAGAAAGCUAAAUUCUUUAGGCAAAGUGCUGCGUUUAAUGCGCGAGGUGUGAACGGGAGAGGAUUUGGUGUGCCGAAAGUCAAUAAACCUACGAACAAGCGCUUUAGCUCAAGCAGUAGUAAUACCUCUAGUAGCUCAAGUACGAGUUCUAGAAGCCGCAGCAAUAGUAGUUCUAGUAGCUCGAGUAGUAGCUCUAGCAAUAGCAGUAAUAGCUCUAGCAGCAGUAGUAGUAGCAGCAGCAGUGCGCAUGCUUGUUCUCUUUCUGUGCGUCCAAGUCGGCCCAUAUUUCCUCUCCCAAAAAGUCUCGCCGCUAGGGAUGCCAAAAUCAUUGAAUUUCAUUCAAAUAUUUCUAUUAAGGGUUCUUCAACUUCUGAUUCUAUCCAUUUCAAUAAAAUAAAUAAGAGUAAUAUUAAAAAAGAAAAAAAUAAACUUUUGAAUAAACCAAUCAAAGAAAGCAAAAAUAAAAUCAAUAAUAACAAUUCUAAUUCCUUAUCUAAAGUUCUUUUAAGAGCACCCAAAUUAAUUGCUAAUGUUAACUCAUCUCAACCUAAAAUAUUUCCAUUGCUGCAUUCCAAAUCUAACAACUCCGAAGAACCUCUUUCUUUGUUUAAAAAACUGCUGACAGAUACUUCAAAUGAACCUUGGGGGUUUGCUGCUUUAAUUGCAAAUGCUCCUAUUGAAGAAAAAUUAAAAGUUUCUCAAGAAUUUAGUAGUAAGAAAGAUAAACCAAUAGCUGGUUUUGUUCAGCUAAAAGGUUUAUUUGAUGGCUUAAGUCAUUUUUAUUCAACACCAUUGCCAUCUCGUAUAAGACCACGAACAGAAAAGGACACUAAUAUGCAUAAUAAAAACUCAGUAAAGGAAAAAAAAGCUAAAAAUGUUGAAAAACAGCAAUCUCCUAGUUUCUUAGUUAAGUCAGCAGUUACAUCAAAAUUGAUGGAAGCAAGACAAAUAACUGACAGGGGGGGUGAUUGCAAAUUAGAUGAAAAUGAUAAGUCCUUAACAAAUCCUUCUUCCGCCUUCCGUGACCGUCUAUCCGUGUCGACAAUACGACCAGUCACCCGUUCGGUUUUGGAAAAUAUGAGCUGUUUAGUAGCUUCAGAUUUACCAUCUGGUGUUCUGCAUGAAGAUGUAGAGAUAUUCAAAGAAACUCGUAAGAGAGCAUUAAAUAGUACAAUUCAAACUUCUGAAGUGUCUGGAAGUUUAAGUCGAUGCCCAGCUGCAAUUCAAUUUGGAAAAUAUGAAGUAGAAACAUGGUUUUCUUCUCCAUUUCCACAAGAAUAUGCUAGGCUUCCAAAGUUAUUUCUAUGCGAAUUUUGUUUAAAAUAUACCAAAAGUAAAUCUGUUUUAGAGAGACAUAUGCAUAAUUGCAACUGGAGACAUCCUCCAGCUACAGAAAUUUAUAGGCAGGAUGAUCUAAGUGUUUUUGAGGUUGAUGGGAAUGCUAACAAAAUUUACUGCCAAACUUUAUGUUUAUUAGCAAAACUAUUUUUAGAUCAUAAAACAUUAUAUUAUGAUGUUGAACCAUUUUUGUUUUAUGUUCUGACUAAAAAUGAUGCUCUUGGUUGCCAUUUAGUAGGUUAUUUUUCCAAAGAAAAGCAUUGUCAACAAAAAUACAAUGUAUCUUGUAUUUUAACAAUGCCUCAAUAUCAAAGACAAGGCUUUGGACGAUUUCUCAUUGAAUUCAGUUAUUUACUUUCACGAAUUGAAGGCCAGCCUGGUACACCUGAAAAACCAUUGUCUGAUCUUGGUCAAGUAUCAUAUCAUGCUUAUUGGAGAUCUGUUAUUUUAGAAUACUUAAAUGAUCAUCGUGAUAUUUUAACUAUUUCUAUUAGUGAUAUAAGUAAAAAAACAGGUUUAAUGAGACAUGAUAUUACAUAUACAUUGCAAUCAUUAAAUAUGGCUAUAGAAGAAAAUGAUAAAUUAGCUUUAUGUGUGAAUUGGGAAUUGGUAGAUAAUCACAUUAAAAAAAAGCAUGCUUCUAAACAUAUUACAAUUGAUCCUGAUUGCUUAAGGUGGACUCCUUUAAUGACUGCUGCUAAUAAUUUAGUAUCACCAGAAAUUAAGGAUUCUUUACAAGAUCUUGAUGAACUUCCUAUUAAAAUCGAAGUUGUUAAAAGUCCACUUAUUAAGAAGAAGCGUAUUACUAGAAGAAUGCCCAUGAUAAAAAAGCGGAAAAGAGUAGACAAAAAACGUAGAAAAGCCUUAAUUGAUGAGAAAAAAUCUAAACUUAUUCAAUGUAAUGAUGAUUUAACUGAUGUUAAUUCAUCAAAUAUUUUAGUAAGAAAUUUAUCUGAAGAUAUUCUGGAAAAAGUAAAACCAGAAACUGAAACAUUAGAAGAAAUACAAGAUAUGUUAGUUAAUGAAUCUGAAAAAAAACAUUUUAGUAAUAACAAAGAAAUUACAAAAAAUUUGGACAAAAAUAAAAAAUCUUCAAAGCAAAGUUUAAUGUCAAAUUUCCUCAAGCAAGAUUCUACUGAGAAAAAAUUACAACCACUUAAAAAAAAAAGAAAAUUAGGCCGUGGUAGAUCUCGUAAAAGACCAAGAUCCAAAAAUCAACAGGAAGAAAGCCCAGCAGCUAAAAUUGCUAAGUUUAAUGAUGAAGAACCCAAAUCUCCAGACACGGAUUAUGAAUCCACCGAAAAAAUGGUUGAGAAAGAAAAUGAUGACCAGCCAAAUAUAGAUCAAUUAAAAUGUGAAAAAACAGAAAAUGAUAAUGACAAAAAAGAAGAUGACAGUGAAAAGAAAGAUCAAGAAAGUCAGGAUGAUAACUAUACUAAAAGUGGUGUUAAAGAACCUAUAAAUCAAUCUAAUUGUUUAGAAAUCUGUGGUAAUAAUGUUGAUGAAAUUAGUAAAAAAAUGGAAGUGAAUGAAAAGGUUGAAAUUCCUGUUAUAUCUGAUGAAUCAAAUAGGCCAAUUACAGAAAAUAGUUCAACUAAUAUUACUAGUGUUUUAACUAAUAAUACUAAAAUUGUAUCAACUAAUAAUACUGAAAUUGUAUCAACUAAUAAUACUGAAAUUGUUUCAAUUGUUAAGCAAAUUACAGAAUCUACUACUAAAGAAACCUCUUUACUGGUUGAUAAUAGUAUAGAAUCUGUACUAGAGGUUGAAAAAAUUGAUGUUGUGAAAUGCUCAAAUGAGUUAUUUAAUAGAACUGAAGAAAUUCAGCCUAUUGUUCCAGAUAUUAAAAAACAAUUUGAUAGAUCAUCCGAAGAAUAUUUAUCUAGUAAAAAAGAAGUGGUCAAUAAUUCCAUAGAUGUUAAUCCUUGUGAAAUUAAUAAAUUACCUCAAAAAACUGAUGGUAUUCAAUAUUCAAAUCAACCAAAUACUUCUGAUAAUAUUCUAUCAAACGUUAAACAAAAUUUAACUGCAGUAAAUAAUUAUGGUGAAAUUAAUAAUCAAAACAAAAUUCAUAAUUUUAAUGUUGAAAAUUCCAAGAGCUCUAAAGAAGAUAAAUUGCAGACAGAAAUACAGCUAUAUAAUGAUCCACCUCAGUUAUGUAAUAAUUUUUCUAAAUCUGAAACAAACCAAACUACAAUAUCUGAAGUAUCUCCAUCUUCUGAUAAACAUAUAAAUCAGUCAUCUAAUAUAAGAGAAUAUUGCAAGGUAUCAGAUUCUCUGUUGUCAAAUGUUAAACAAUUUAGUGAAGCAUUACCAACAAAUGAUAUUGUACAAUUGAAUAAUAAACAAUACACAGAUACUACAGUAAUAAAUGAGUAUCAAAAGUUAGAUAUUUGUCCAAUAGAAACAAAUAAACAACUAUAUAACAAUAAAAUAGAAUCUGUAGAGUAUAGUAAAAAUUUACAGGUGACUUCUAUUUCUAAUAAUAUAUUACAUGGGACAUUUAAAGCAGACGAUCAGUUGAAACUUAAAGCGCCUGAAAAGAAUUAUUCUCAGCCAAUUGUUCCUGAUACCAUAUCUGUUCCUAAAUAUGAAAACAGUAAACAUAUAAAACAAUCUAAAAGGACCACUCCUCCAAAAUCGUUGCCAUAUCGAUUGCCUACAGAAGCUUCUCAAUUUGAUAAGUCACGACUACCUGAAUAUUUGCCUCCAAUGGGGUUUCUAAAUUUUCCAAAAAUUAAUAACUCGAUACCUAUGUCUCAUAGUGAUAUUUCAAACAUUCCAAAAUCAAAAGACAUGUUUAAUGAUAAAAAAAUAGAUUCUGUUAAUACAAAUUUGCCUAAAGAUAAAGAUAUGAUGUGCUUAACAAAACCUAUUGACAAUGGUAUUCUGUAUUCAUCUGUUAUGCAACAAUCCCCAUACUCUGACCAAUCCAUGAUGCAUCUAUCUUUACAUCACCAUUUGGCUCAUUCCACCCAAUAUCAUCAUACUUCAGCUUUACCUACAGCUCAGGUGCCACCACCCCCUGUACAGCAAACUAAAUCUAGAAGUAAAAAAAGUGAACAGAGAAGAGCAUCUCAACAGAAUCAUUCUUCUGUGCCAUCAUCUUCUCAACAACCAACACCCCCGUUGCCUAGUCAUACUCAAUCAUAUCACCACCAUCAUCAAACAGCUGCAUACAUGAUGCCACAAUCAGCAUCUGCUAAUCCAUAUCAUCAUCCAGUAAUUCAGCAUCGAAUGGGUCAACAAGGAUCAUGUUCUACUCCAGAUUUUUAUUUGUCACAUCCAAACCAACAUGCAGCUGCCACAGCUGCUCAAAUUGCAUCAUGUAAUUUAUCUAAAUUACAACAAAUGACUAAUGGUUUAGAUCAUCAUCGUAGACAUAUAUCUUCCCCUGCGCCAUCCCCAGCUUCAUCGCCUGCUAAUAUGACACCUCCACCCCCAUCAGGUGUAUCUUCUGCAACUGCUGCACAUUUAUUGCAACAAACAGCAGUUUAUCAUAAAUUAUACCAACAAGCUGGACAAACUGGUCAAUCGCGAUCAUAUAGCCACCAAUCGCGGGUAGCCUCAGCUUCACCCAACAUGGGCCUUAUGCCAAUGCAGUACGGUGGACCUCCACCUUUUAAUGGCUACAGGGUCACUCCUCAAUCCACUCCUCCUCCUGCAGCUGCUGGAUAUAUGAAUCAAUCAACUGGACAGUUGCAGUAUUCUCAAGAUCCUCAUCAAAAUGCAAUGUAUCCUACUUCAACAUAUAAUGGAUCAUAUUUGCAACCUUUGAAUGGGUCUAUGCAUAGUUUCUAAAGUUGUUGACUGUCAAAACAUGUAGUAAUUGUUACCAGUUUUUAUCUUAAUAAUAUGAGAUAUUCGAGUGUUUUAAAAUUAUGGUCAUGUAUUAUUUUAUUAUACACAGGAUAAUUAAAGCACUUUUUAAUGUAUGAAAUAUUUUAAUUUACAAUUGACACUCAUUGUAACAAUAUUUAUAAUUUCAAACAGUAUUUGUAGUUAUUUAUGGUCAGCAUUAUUUUAAUUUAAUAUUAUACAUUUUUUUCAUGACAAAUUAUAAGAACAUGUUUUUAUAAUUAUUGAGUUAAUUGUUUUUGAACCUUCAUGUUAGAUAAUAUUGAUGGUAAAAUUGUAAUUUACAGUUUUUAUUGUACAGAUUUCUUUAAUUUUUGUACUUAGUAAGUAUAUAUUGGAAACACUUGAAAGUUCAAUUUCAGUUUGUUAUUUAUUUUUUCUACUUUGUGUAUACAAUUUAUACAUAAUCACUAAUUAAUUUAUUAAAAUUAUGAAUAAAUUUGUUAAAGGUGUUAUAUUAUUAAUAAUAUAAUAAAAGUUAUUUAUAUACA